GUGAAUACUGAAUCAGACCCGAGUUGAACGACAACUACUCGCCAAUAUUAUCACAUUCUCUCGGAUCAAUGUUCAAUAACAGCAGCAGCAUCGCAAUCAACGUCUCCGACGAAGAUUCCGACGACGUUUCCGGCAAACUAAAACUACGACUCCGAAAAAACCGGAAGAAAUCUUGGCCCCGCGGAAAAUCCGAAUCAGCUCGCCGAAUCUUCAGGCUGCUCCGUCGAUGGUGGCCGGUGUUACUGUUCCUUCCGGCCGCCGGACUCUUAUUUUUCGAGGCCUCGAGAAUCGGUCGCAAACCGAGUCAAUUGAGCAACUCGGAAGUCGCGACUCAGAAGACUCACGAGUUAGCUGUGGCGAAGAAGUCGGGCGGGAAUUUGAACCCUUCUCUGUCUUAAUGUUAUGUUUUUAAAAAAUUAGUAAAGUGCCUUUGACCUAUGUAGUGAGAAUCAUCACAUCAUGAAACAUCUCAAAGAAUGGAGCAUAGGAGGAGGAAUUGCCGCCCCCUACUUAAGGAUAGAUAUCAGUCUCACUAGCAAAAAUCUUGAUCUCGUGGUUCAAAUAUCAUGCAAUAUUGUAGAUGGUGUCUGUUAAUUAAUUAAAUUAGCAAAAUUUAUUGACACAUAUUUAAACAUGCAUGAUUGUAGUCUAGUCUCUCUAUUUACAUUCCCCAUUAUGAUGUGUUUAUGCAGCAAAGUCAAAAGGGCAGCGAGUUCAAGCUUUUCUUCGAGUCCUGAAGUAUUCAACCGGUGGAGUUCUCGAGCCUGCAAAAAUAUACAAGUUGAAACAUCUCACAAAGGUGGAGGUUGUGGGUAAUGACCCAAGUGGAUGUACAUUUACUCUGGGAUUUGAUAACCUUAGAAGCCAAAGUGUUGCUCCGCCUCAUUGGACCAUGCGUAAUAUUGAUGACAGAAACCGUCUUGUAAUGUGCAUCUUUAACAUCUGCAAAGAUGUAUUAGGUCGUCUCCCUAAAGUUGUUGGCAUAGACGUUGUGGAGAUGGCUCUUUGGGCGAAGGAUAAUACACCUGCCGUCUCCAAUCAGCAGAAUGCUCAAAAUGGAUCCCAGGUAGAGAAAGUUGUGGGGGUGGAAGAAAGCGACAGGAAAGUGACUGUUGAAAGAGAGCUCGUGUCUCAAGCGGAGGAAGAUGACAUGGAGGCUCUUUUAGGCACCUAUGUCAUGGGUAUCGGUGAAGCCGAGGCUUUUUCAGAGCGUUUAAAGCGAGAGCUUCAAGCUUUAGAAGCUGCAAAUGUGCAUGCAAUUUUGGAGAGUGAACCUUUGAUAGGCGAGGUACUACAGGGUCUCGAGGCUGCGUCAAACUGUGUGGAGGAUAUGGAUGAAUGGCUGGGCAUAUUCAAUGUAAAACUUAGACACAUGAGAGAAGACAUUGAGCGAAACAUUAAAAAUUUGGUCGGUUUGAGCCGAAUUGUUGGCCUUUUUAUGUAAUCAAUUAUCCUUUUUAACUAAAACUAUUAUCUUUUUUA